AUGGCUUCUAUUUUUGCAGUUAGAGCUGCUCUAAAAGAUGGGAUAAGUAUUAAUCAAGUUCCAAAGAAUAGUGGAGAUAAUGAAUAAUAUGUGAUAGGAAUAGAAAAUGAAAACAUAGUUUAAUCAAUUUAAAUCAAUAUGCAAAAUGACGAAGAAGCUACAAAUAGAGCAGAAACAGACAAAGAAGAAGAUUAAGAUGAAGUUAUUUAUAUUGAUGCUGAAAAAUAGAAUGAAGGAAUUGAUAUAAAGUCAAAAUAAGUUAAAGCAAAUUAAAAUGAUAUGACUAACUAUAGUUAAAAAUCAACUUAGCCCUAACAUUUACUUUAAAAAUUUAAGACAUUUAAUUCUUCAAUGUCUUUAUCUGAAAACUAUUUUUAAGAAGACAGAAAAUCUACAGAGUAACUCUUGUAUGAAAAGGCUAAAAAGGAUCCUAAAAAUAUAAAAAACUAUUUCAUCAAGUUUAGGUUCGGGCAAUUUUUUGAGUUUUUCAUCAUACAUUUUCUUUAUUUCUUUCUAAUUGGCCCUUUAAUAAUUCCCUUUCUUAGAUUUAGAGGCAAAGCUUUAGCAAAGAAUUUAUUGUUAUAUGGAUGGAAUAAACCAGCCCUUUUUUAAUUCAUAUUUUUCACUAUCAACAUUACAAAUAUUAUUUUUUUCUUUUGCCUUUAAAACUCUACUAUCAAACUUGAAAUCGAAAUAGUAAAUAAUAUUUCUGUAGUGCUAUGUCGUUGCGUGAUUAUUGCCUGUAAAUACGCUACAUACGAUCCUUUAACAAUCAAACUUAUAAAAGAGUUUGAUUAAGAAUAUAAUUAAAUUGUUUCAGACUUCUUUUUAACUGACUGGGUUAAAUAGUCUGCUAAAGUAGUUGGAGACUAAAUUUAUUUUGUUUAAAGGACUCUUGAUAUAGAUCCAGGGUUGUUUUACAUCUAAUUUAUUACUGAGCCAGAGAAGCAUACAGGUGAGAGAAUUGCUGAAAGUUUUAAACUAAUGAAAAAGGCUCUUGAAAGUAAGAAGGACGUUACUACUAAAAUCACAGCUCCUAUAGCUAGAAUGAAAGAAACAGAUUAAUUGCAUUGUGGUUAUGCUAUUUUACAUGACAUGAUAAACAAAUUCUAAUGUAGAUGUAGUAUCUUAACUAAACAUUUAUCUAAAUUUGUUUACAUCUUUAGUUUAGAAAGGGCUCUUGCUCCAAUAAUUUAUAAUUGUAUGAUAAAUCCACAUAACCCUUAUGGUAACUGGCAUGAAUAUUAUAUAGCUAUUACUUCUGCUUAUCAGGUAUUUUCUUUGUACUGUAUUGGUGGAUCUAUAAUGACUGGAGGUUUGAUAGAUAUGCUAAGAAAACUCUACAUGUUAAGGCAGUUGACAUUUAUGAUUUCCCCAAACAAAUUAAGAAGCUUAGAAAUGAAGAAAAUAUAUCCAACAAUCAAUAUAUUUAGAAGUGUUAAUUUAAAGGGUUGGUCUUUAAUGAGAUAGGUAGCCUUAGAAUACGGAAAACCAUAUUUAUUGAGAGUGUAAGGAUUCUAUUUUUAUUUAGGUUUUUGGGUUGCUAGUAAUCUAGCACAAAUAGUGUUAGGGUAAUUUGGUAUUAUCCUUUAGAAUACAGCCUAAUUGAUAUAAAAUUACAGUGAUUUAGUAUUUACUUUAGGUAUACUAUUUGGAAUGCUAAUUACUGGUGCAAAAAUAAACUAACUUUUUGAAUUAUAAGAAAAUAUUCUUACAUCUAACAAAACAGUAGUUACUGAUAUGUUAUUAGUGGGUAAAAAGUAUAUACAGGUGCCAAAAAAAUCACAAAAUUACAUAUACAAUAAGGCCUUAGAAAAAAUUACUGAAAUUUCUUGUACUAAUUUUACAGAGUAUGUUAAUAACCUAAUCAAUUAGUACGAUAAUCACAUAGAAGAGCUCAUUUAUGACAGUGAAUAUAAUCCUUUCACUCUAUUUGGAGUCAAAGUUACUUUUGUUAUUCUCCAUUCAAUUGCUAUAGCAGUAGCAUCAAUUCUAGCAUCAGUAUUAACUGAUGUUUUAACAAAUAAAUGA